AUGGAGCGACUGGUGGUUAAGAAUGAAGCGGAACGUCAUUUACAAGCCUAUCUCGAGUACAGAAUGAUUGUUGGUGAUCGGGAUGGAGGCGUGCUGUUACCAGAGAACGAGUAUGAAAAAUUAAGGAAAGAAUUUUACGCCAAGAGAGAAAAACACAAUUUACAUUUUGUAGAUACUUCAUACAUUGGUGGAACUAACAAACGACACCAACCCAACAGCGAAGAAAUGAAAUAUGAGAAGAGUAAAAGCGACCCCUCCAAGAGUAAAACACGAAUCUUGAAACCGAAUGUGUCCUUAUUGGAUUUGUACAAAACUCCCCCAAAGUUCGAAUUUCAUAACGACACCAUGCCAUCAUCUAACAGCAGAAUCAGUUCAAGGAGCUCAUCAGCGAAUUACGAUUCUCUCAAAGUCACCAGAGUAAAUUCUGCUAAAAGAAUCGUUAGUGGAAGUUCCAAGGAAGCUUCCAAACAACUUCCAACAGUGUCACGAUUUCAAAUACAAAACGAAGAUGACGAUCAAGUGAAGCUUGAUAGUAUGAUUGCUCAAUUACAAAAUGAUACUUCAUUGAGUGAGGCCAAAAAGUAUUACCUUAAAAAACAAAUACAGUUAUUGAAGGCGAAAAUUACAAAGGCUGCUAAGAAUGAAUAG